AUGGACCAUUCUCUCCUCCAUAGCGCUGUUGACUCAGAUGAGCAGGGGCCACAGAGAAUCUAUUCUGGUGGCAGAGUGGGAGCAGCAGAAGGCAUGCCAAGUUUACAAGGGACAGUGCAGCAUGUAGGAUCCAGGGAGGAGCCUGACUGCACCGCUCACGGAGAACGAGAAGGGGGCGCGUCCUGCCUCGCUGGCCGCGGCUGGGUGGUGCUGGAGCCGCCUCCUCCCGCCCCCACGCUGGGUCACCCCCCACCCCCACCCCCGCCAUCAGUCUUUGCCCUCGCAACUCGGCCACCUUGGGAACAAGUCAUGGUGGCUGCACUGGUGUCGGCGUGGCUGCUCCUGGCGGUCGUGGCCUGCGCACAGCGGGAGCAGGACUUCUACAACUUCAAGGCUGUCAACAUCCGGGGCAAGUUGGUGUCGCUGGAGAAGUACCGCGGUUCGGUGUCCCUGGUGGUGAACGUGGCCAGCGAGUGUGGCUUCACAGAUCAGCACUACCGGGCCCUGCAGCAGCUACAGCGGGACCUGGGGCCCCACCACUUCAAUGUGCUUGCCUUCCCCUGCAACCAGUUUGGCCAACAGGAACCCGACAGCAACAAGGAGAUCGAGAGUUUUGCCCGCCGCACCUACAGUGUCUCUUUCCCCAUGUUUAGCAAGGUCGCAGUGACCGGCACUGGUGCCCACCCUGCCUUCAAGUACCUGACCCAAACUUCUGGAAAGGAGCCCACUUGGAACUUCUGGAAGUACCUAGUGGCCCCGGAUGGGAAGGUGGCAGGGGCUUGGGACCCAACUGUGUCAGUGGAGGAGAUCAAACCCCAGAUCACAGCGCUUGUGAGGAAGCUCAUAUUGAAGAAGCGAGAAGACUUAUAACCAUGUUCCCUCCUCUCCCACUGUCACCACCCCCACCUUCCAUGGGUGACCAAAGAAAACUCAAAUGGUGCUUCAGAAGGAGAGACCAUGACUCUCCUUUGUCCACUCUUAUCUCACCUAUCACUCCUGUGUGGGAAAAAUUCUAGUAUUUUGAUUAUUUGAAUCUUAGAGCAACCUAAAGGAACUCCUGGCCAGUGACGGCUCCUGACCAAUGAAUCACCAGUCAAUAAGAACUUCUAGCCCAUGAAAACAUGUGGCAAAUAGAUGUAUAUCAAGCAGUAAUCUCCUACUUAUUAAGAACUUUAUAAAACUGGGCCAAUUUCUACCUCACAGGGCUGUUGUGAGGAUUAAUAAACAACCUAGAGCAGUACCAGCUCAAU